UGUAAUGGACAAGUGCAUAAAUAUUCCAGCUAAAAGUUACCAGGGAAGUGUAUUUCUGUUUUUUGAUAUUUUUAAACAGCAUUUCUUUGGAUACUGCUUCUUGAUUUUGGUUUCCUUGAACCCCCUGUUCAAGUUUAGUAUUCUUCUCCAUUUUUCAUCCAGCAGGGACUUCAUAUCAUCCAUGUUAUUGAAAUUGCAAAUACACGGUGCUUUUUUUCAUCCAGCAGGGACUUCAUAUCAUCCAUGUUAUUGAAAUUGCGAAUACACGGUGCUGUUUCUCAAGGAACUUGAAAACUCAUGUAGGAAAUUUAUGCAAGUUAUAAUCCUGGGAAGUGGUUGCUGCUAGACCCGUGAUAGGUGCAUGAAAAGUGGAACAGAAUAGGAAAAUAAACAAGAAAAAUGAAAAGAGAAAAUAUGUGAACUUAAUCAUAAGUGAGAAGAAGAGGAAGAGGAAGCAAAAAAGAAGAGAAGAAAUGAAAAGGAGAAGUAAAUGUGGAUGAGGGUGAGAGAUGGUGCACCAUAUUGUUGCCUGCUUCUAGAAGGUAAUAGGAUUUGUUUUAUUGAAUGUUCUACUAAUGGAACAUACUACUCCCAUAGUCUCAAUUUAUGCGAUUCACUUUCCUUUUUAGUUUGUCUGAAAAAAAGAAAGAUACCUUUCUAUAUUUAGAAAGAAUUUAACUUUAAACUUCCCAUUUUACCCUUAAUGAGAGAUUUAUAACCACACAAAUAUCUAAGACUUGUUUUAGACCACAAAUUUCAAAAGUUAGUCUUUCUUUCUUAAACGCCGCGCCCAAUCAAAAUGUAUCACAAAAUGGGACAACCGGAGUAUAUGAUUAUGUCUGCCUUGGUUAAAUAUAUAACUAUAUUUGGUAUAAAUACUACUCCCUCCGUCGCAUUUUAUAUGAAGGUGUUUGACUUGGCACGAAGUUUAAGAAAUAAAGGAAGACUUUUGAAACUUGUGGUCUAAAACAAAUCAUCGAAAUUUUUGUGGCUACAAAUCAUUUCAUUAAAGGUAACAAGGUAAAUUUAAAGUUGAAUUUUUUACUAAAUAUAGAAAGGUGUCAUUCUUUUUGGGACUGACUAAAAAGGAAAGAGUGUCAUAUAAAUUGGGACGGAGGGUGUAAUCUAGUUCAGUAUAUGCCAAGAGUCGUAAGUGCUGAAAUGGAUCCAUGUUUAAUGGAAACGUAACGAAGAAAUGCUACUGAAAGUGCUAGUAUAGAAUGACAUGACAUUACCAAUUACCAGAAGAGAGAACCUCAAAGUUCAAACUCUUCAUCUCCCAAAGCACCUAAAUUUCACCAUGCCAAGUGUUUGUCUAUAUCAGUAUGUGAGGCUGGAGAGUCUUGUCUUUUGGAUGAAGUAAGUAGUUUCAUUGAUGGCAUCGAGUAGAUGCAUCCAAAAGAGUGUCCUAGCUCCAGUACAUGGAAGGCUCUGCUAAGAGCAGGGAGCAUACAAAGUCCAAAAAAUUAUUAUCCUGGUUUGGGAUUUAUAUUCCAUUAAAACAUCAACGGCUCCUUUCUGGCCAAACACACCAGAAAAAGCUUGCAGGGAUCAGUUUCCAGAUUUUCAGCCGGGGAGUCUGUCUUUCGAUAAAUUAAGUUUCCUUUCCUUUCUUCUUCCGUUGUUAAAUGAUGAUAUGGAGCUUUAACCGACGAUCUUGGUCAGAUGGACUGGUUGAUUCACAAUGUUAGUUAGGACAAUAACUGUCACUACCCAAAUCACCCUUGGUGUGAUUGGCACCCAACAUCCUCGUUAGGCGAACCAAAACUAGUUAGAAAUGGCAAAUCACAAUUCCCAUUAAUAGAUAAAUAGUCUAAAUAAGGAAUUUAGAUAUAUAAUGAAAUCCAUAUUCUGGACAAGUGUGGAGGAAAAAACAUAAAACACCCCAAGACCUGGUACGUGCUAGUCAUGAACUACUAAUAGUAGAAAUAAGUACAACUGUCUCACGACCAAUACAUAGCCUGUCUGAAUGGAAAUAAACAGAAUAGAAGUCUCUAAGCUACCGCAAACAAGAUGGUAGCUCACCCCUGGAAUAGCAAAUCCACGACAAGCUCUCACUCACGGACUCCACUGGUGGUCGGAUCCAAAUCUACACAUAAAGUCAGGAAAGAAAAGGGGUGAGUACGGGGAGUAAUUAGUAGGUAUCAUGAACCGCCCUAACAAAGUAGUGAUAUCAGAACUGAAGGUGAAAUAGUUGAUUACUAUCAGAAGCUAUAUACAGAGACAGUGCAGUGGAGAUCUGGUUGCCAUUUUACAAACUGUUCAGUGUUAACAGAGGAGGAAAAGGAGUUCUUACAAGGAAACUUUGAGGAAAAUGAAAUGUUGAGAUGUCUAAAAUUGUGUGCAGUUGACAAAACACCUGGUCCAGAUGGUUUCACCAUGGGGUUUUUCAUCAAGUGCUGGGAGAUGUUGAAGCAGGAUAUCAUGAGUGCCUUCUAGAACUUCUAUGAUCGAGAAAAAUUUGAAAGAAGCCUCAAUGCCACAUUCAUAGCUCUUAUACCUAGAAAAAAGGUGCUAGAGAGCUGAGGGACUUCAGGCCUAUUAGUUUGAUAGGCAGCAUUUACAAGAUAUAUUCACUAGUGCUAACAAAAAAGGUUGAAAGGUGUGAUGGCUAAAGUUGUAGAUUCUCAACAAAUGGCAUUCAUUAAAGGAAAGGCAAAUCAUGGAUGCUGUCUUAGUAGUCAAUGAAGCAGUAGAUUCCAGACUGAAGUAGAUGCCAGAUUGAAGUAGAAGAAACAAGAGUUUUGUGCAAGCUUGACAUUGAAAAAGCAUAUGACCAUGUUAACUAGGGAUAUCUUCUAAAUUUACUAGAGAGGAUGGGUUUCGGACAGAAAUGGAUCCAUUGGAUCAAAUAUUGCAUCUCAACAGUGAGUUUCAUUAGAGUUAACAUCUUCUAGCCUAAAAAUGCUCUCAGACACGGAUGUCGAGGUAAGUCCCAAAACACCUUCUUUCUUCUUUUUCUCUCUUGAAACCCUCACGCCGACCAUCAGAAGCUGUAUUCCGACAUGACCCACCACUCUUCUCUCUCCUAAAACACUUCCCGAUCUCUUCCAACCCCCCUUCUAAACUUUCUCUCUCCUUGAAUCUUUUACGAAUCUCUUCCCACCCAGAUGACCUUCGCAUCAUCAUAGCACUUUCUUCUGAUCCUCUCUCACACAAAGAAACUCGGCCAUACCUAGGUUUCGAGUUCCUCACCCUUACGUGGUCUUCUGCCAUUGGAGUUCCAUCUAAGCCUCUUCUUCUUUUUCUUUUAUUCCCUUGUGGUUUCUUUUCUCCAUGGAAAACAGGUUAUAUUUCAGACAGGGGGGAAAAUCAUAUGAUCUAACAGAGAUAAUUUCUUCAUCUGAGACUUUGGUUCGACUGGGUGGAAAGUGAUAGACUGUCUAUCAGACGUAUGGUUUUGAGCAGGGAAGCUUUACUUUGGCUAUGCAAAAGGCUAAAGGAAGCAACAGAGAGAAGGGGGAAAAGCUUCAAAUCAUGGAGAUGCCGUGACUUCUCGACAAAUAUUUAUUGCUCACAAAAGUUCAAUAAAUAUGGUCGGUUCAUAUUAGUUAUUUCGAUCAAGGGACAGAGCAGAUUAGUGAUUAUUAUACCAGAAAAUACAUUAAAUGAGGGAUGGGGGUGUUUGAUAACAAAAGUGGAAAACUUCAUUAAAGGAAUGCAGAGAAAAAGGGAGCACUUAUUACAACAGGGGAACUAAAUCCUAAUACAAUCAUUGGGAAGGGGAAUUACAAAGAAGCUCUACAUAAAAGCAAAUGGAGUCAGAAAGAAAUAGUAGUAAUUAAGGAAGAUGCGAUGCUGAAGACUUUCUCAAACAUUGAUAACAGGAGCCUUCUCAGUAGAUGUCUUGUUGGGAGGUUCUGUGGAGGAGAAGAUGUGCCAGUUCGCAAUGAUGUUCGAAAUUGGGCCCAAUAGACAUGGAAGGGGGCUCAGAAUGUUCAGGUGUAUGACAUGAAUGGAUUUCUUUUUCUAUUCGAAUUUCAAACAAGGAAGGCUGCAGAACAUGUUAUCAUGGGUGAAUAGAGAACACAAGGCUCGAUUCUGAAACUCGAUUGGUGGUCACCGACCAAAGGAGCUUACCCAGAAGAAACAAAGUUUGACUGGUUCUGGAUAAGAGUGUUAGGGCUUCCAUUGCAGCUCUGGAACAAAGAGGUGAUGAAGAAGAUAGGUGAUAAUUGUGGGGGUUGGCUAGAAAACGAAGAGGAGAUAGAACUCAAAAAUCACUUGAGAUGGGCAAGAAUCUUGUUAAAGGACCUAAGGAGAAGAUCCCAACGGAAGUAGAGAUAGUCGAUAAUGGGUUGAUUUACUCUCUUCCAGUGUGGUGUGAGUCGCCGGCAACUUACAGACCGGCGAUGGGGGAUGAAACCUUUUCUCGAGAUGACAGCGUGGAUGAAAAAGUUGAGGCAGAGGUCAGAGGGGUCCCUCAGAAAAGCAGAGAAUUCGUAGCAGCAAAAGGAAAGGGCAGAGCUACGGAUAGUUCAUCAGAUAUCGAUGUUUACACAGAAAGGAUAAUGGGUAAGGACUCAAGGCACGUGGCUAGUGGGAGUGGGGCCACAGAUCUAAUUAUUUCAAAUUUGAAAGAAGAAGCACUUACACAAGCUCAAGAGCACGUGACUAGGGGGAGUGGGGCCACUGAUUUAAGUAAAGCUAUUAUGAAGGUGUAUGAAAUUUUACAAGCCCAAAAGAAACAGCAAAUGGGCCUUUUGAGCAAGAAGAUCAUGGAGUGGUUCACAGAACCUUUUGCAGAAUUCAUUAAUUUGGGCUGGGGAGAUUCAAGACAGCCCUUUGAACACUCAGUAAUAGACGUAGAGCUGGAGAAGCACAUGCAGAUGGUAGCAGACACACACAACCAGAGACAUCAAGUACCAGAGGAUCAUCUCCAUGCUGAGAACUCAACUCAAGGAGAUGGUACUCUUAUGAUUGAGGGGGAGAUAUCCAUAAGUUCCAUGGAUGAAAAAGAGUCACCUUUUCUGGAAGUCUAUGAUAAUCAAUUGGUUUCCUAUGAACCAAUACAUUUAUGCAUAGAAGAAAAUCUUACAGAGGAGAUGAUAGAGGCUAGGGCCACUAUUUGGGUCCAUCUCAAUGUCAUCAAAUUAGGCCAAUUGUUUGGAGCAGCUAUAAGGGGAUGCGAGAAGGAAGCAUAUGCUUUGUGUAUGAAACUGGACCAAAAGAGAUAUAUGGAAAGACAAGCAGGAAAGGUCAAAGCUUCAAUUAACAUCAACAACACUGUUCCAAAGGAGCUUUGGAACCUUAUUUUUGAUAGGAAGUUCAAAGAUGGUGAACUUAGAACUAGAGGGAGGAAUCUAGCUAUUAGUCAUCAAUGAGAAUACAAUGGUGUCAUGGAAUGUGAAGGGGCUCAAUAAAGAUAGAAAGAGGGGAUUAGUCAGGAAUCUGAUUAAUCAGUGGGUAGCAGAUGUAUACAUUUUGGUAGAAACUAAAUUGGUGGGCAGUGUAAAUAAUAUUAUUCAAAGUAUAUGGGACAAUAGAUGGGUGGGGGAGGUGCAUUUGGAGGUUGUUGGGACUAGUGGAGGAAUACUGAUCUUAUGGGAUAGGAGAGUGUGGGAAGGGCAGAUGGCGGAGUGUGGCAAUCAAUGUAUAACUUGUAAAAUGACGGGACAAAACUCAGAUUUUACUUGGUUUCUAACAGCUGUCUAUGCUGACUGUAAAAAAAUUGAAAGAAGGGAACUAUGGGGGGAGCUUUACUCAAUGAAGGAAAGGUGUGCAGGGCCAUGGGUCGUGGGGGGAGACUUUAAUGUCAUCCGAUACCCUAUUGAGAGAACAAAUUGUCUGAGAAUCAAUGGAGCUAUGGCUGAGUUCUCUGAAUGCAUAGAAGAACUGGAGUUAGUGGAUCCUCCUUUAUUUGGAGGUUCCUUCACAUGGAGAAGAGGUGAAAAUCAUAGAAGUGCUUCCAGAAUUGAUAGAUUCCUCUACUCUUCAACAUGGGAGGAACAAUUCACUCUUAUUAAACAAUCAGUUUUGGCUAAGAUAGGAUCUGAUCAUAAUCCUAUUUUGCUAUCUUGUGGAGAGUUGAAAUUCAAAAAAUCUUACUUUAGAUUUGAGAACUGGUGGAUAGGAGUAGAGGGGUUCAAGGAAAAUGUGAAACUGUGGUGGGGAUCAUUUGUGGUAGACGGGAGGCCUUGCUUUGUUCUGGCUGAAAAGCCGAAAAUGUUAAAAAGAAAAACUGAAGGACUGUGAGUAAAAAUAACAGGGGCAACUGGAAACAGAGGAAGGAGGAUAUUCUAAAUCAAUUGGCUAAUUGGGAGGCUGUACAAGAACAAAGAAUUCUUACAGAUGAUGAGGCAGUACAAAAAUCAAAUUUAGCUAUGGAGUAUGAGGAAGUAGCAAGAAACGAAGAAAUAGCUUGGAAGCAAAGAUCCAGGAUACAAUGGCUGAAACAGGGAGACAAAAAUACAAAAUACUUUCACAGGAUAGCAACAGCUCACAAAAGGGUUAAUUCCAUUGAUAACCUGACUGUGGGGGAAAUGAGGUGACAAACCCGGAGGACAUCAAAGAAGCAAUCCAAAACUUCUACAAGACUCUUUACAAAGAAACAGAGGAAUGGAGGCCAGAUCUGGUGGUACAUGAAGUCCAAGGGAUUACUAUGGAAGAGCAAGAGUGGCUUCAAAGACAAUUUGAUGAAGCAGAAGUUCUGGAAUGCAUAAAAAUGUAUGCUAUGGAGAAGGCACCUGGGCCUGAUGGAUUUCCUAUGUCAUUCUAUUUUACUUUCUGGGAGAUAAUGAAAGAUGACAUACUGAAAACCAUUCAAUAUUUUCAUGAGAAUCAGAAGUUUGAGAAAAGCUUUAAUGCUACGUUUAUAGCAUUGAUCCCCAAAAAAGCAGGAGCAUCAGAGUUGAAGGACUUCAGACCUAUAAGUCUCAUAGGUCAGGUUUAUACGAUAGUAGCAAAGCUACUAGCUGAAAAAAGGCUCAAGAAGGUAGUUGAUAAUCUGGUGAACAAGCAUCAAAUGGCUUUUAUAAAGAGGAGACAAAUCAUGGAUGCUGCACUUAUUGCUAGUGAAUGUGUGGACUCCAGAAUCAAAGGGGCAGAAGCAGGUGUCGUGUGUAAAUUGGACAUAGAAAAAGCUUAUGACCAUGUUAAUUGGAAAUUUUUGUUGAGCAAACUGUCAGGUUCUCUGUUCUUGUGAAUGGAGAACCUGUAGGUUUUUUCCCUUCCGAAAGAGGAUUUAGGCAAGGUGACCCAUUGUCCCCUUUCCUGUUCAUAAUUGCAAUGGAGGGUUUUGAUAGCUUGAUGAGGAUAGCUUUGCAGAAUAGGUGGAUUAAAGGUUUUGAGAUAGGGGAUAUCGGGGGGCAGAGAAAAGAGAUAUGUCAUCUACAGUAUGCAGAUGACACAGUGAUAUUUUGCGAGGCCAAGGUCGAACAGAUUGGUUACAUAAGAAUGAUCUUGACACUAUUUGAAGCAUCUUCAGGCCUAAAGGUAAAUUGGGGAAAAACCAGUUUGGUUUCAAUAAAAGAGGUACCAAACAUACAGACUCUUGCUCUCAUUUUAGGAUGUAGAGUGGAUAUUUUGCCUACAACUUAUCUAGGCAUGCCUCUGGGCAGCAAAUACAAAGCAGGGGAAAUUUGGGAUGGAAUAGUUGAGAAAACAUAAAAAAAAUUGGCAAAGUGGAAGGCACAAUACUUAUCUUUAGGAGGAAGACUUAUUCUUAUCAAUUCUGUUCUAGAUUCUCUUCCCACAUAUGUAAUGUUAUUAUUUCCUUUACCCUCCAAUGUUCAGAAGAAAUUGGAUAGACUUAGAAGGGAGUUCUUAUGGCAUGGCUGCAGACAGGGAAAAGGUUAUAAUCUGGUUAAAUGACAGACAACAAUGAGAGAUAAAGAAAGGGGUGGAUUGGGCAUUAGAAACUUGAAAGCACAGAAUAAUUGUCUGUUGAUGAAGUGGCUAUGGAGGUACAACAGUGAGGAGAAUGCAUUAUGGAAAGAGGUGAUCAAGUGCAAGUUUGGUGAACUCAAUCCUUGGUGUACUAGAGUGAGCACUGGCACUUAUGGUGUUGGAGCAUGGAAAACAAUCAGAGCUUUAUGGCUCAAGAUGGAAAAUAAUAUGCACAUGACUGUAGGAGAUGGAAAAAGUGUGAAAUUCUGGAAAGAUUCUUGGAAGGAGCAAGUUCCAUUGAGGGAAAUAUUUCCAGACUUGUUUAUUCUAUGCAAUAAUUCAGAGAGCACAAUAGAUGAGAUGUGGAGUGCACAGGGCUGGAACUUAAAUUUGAGAAGACUGUUGAAUGAUUGGGAGGUGGAAAGGGUGGCCGACCUGUUAAGCAAAAUUGGUGAUUUCAGUGGCACCAACAAUGAACCAGACACUCUGAGAUGGAAGCAUAAUAGUGAUGGGAAAUUCUCAGUAAAAAGGGCUUACAAAAGGGAGUGUAAUCUACAGAAUAGAGAGCAACCAAAGCUUUGGAGAAACUUAUGGAAGUGCCCAGUUCCAAACAAGGUGAAAUGCUUCACAUGGUUGGUGGCAAGGAGGGCUU